AUGCUCGCAAGGUUCCUUUUCUGUGAUGUCGCCAGCACCUUGCAACUUUUGACUGAGCAGAAAGUCUACAAAUCUUACACACAGGUGGCGGCCAGACCACAGAGGAACCAACACCACUUCACUGCAAAAUUGCCUCCGUUAUUGGAAGUGCCAGUGUGUGGCAUUGUGUCGGAGAGGGAGGGGGACACAGAUUUUGCACAGACUGCGGAGAGUGGUGAGUUACAUUUUUACCCGUUUAUUGAAUCAAAUGUUUGUACAGACACGUGGCUAGAAAUAAUGUGCAUUGUGUCCUCAGUCACUUUGCAGUUGGAAGCAGUGGUAGAGGAGGUGGAGGAAGAGGAGGUGCUUCCCAGCACGUCUGGCACACUGGCUGCAGGCCCGUUUGUCCCCAGCACCCCCAGCAGAUCGGAGCCGUCCGAGAAGUGA